AUGACUGAACUCGAAGAACAAGUGGCUAAUAUAUCAGUGACCGAAGAUGAUGACUUCGUUGACCCAUGGAAUGUUGCUGGAAAGUCACAAACAGGAAUUGACUAUGAUAAGCUCAUAAAAAGGUUUGGUAGUCAAAAAAUAGAUGAUGACCUUAUAGACAGAUUUGAAAAAGUCACUGGACAGAGAGCUCAUCACUUCUUAAGGAGAGGUAUAUUCUUCUCACAUAGAGAUUUUCAUACUGUUUUAAACCUACAUGAAGCAGGAAAAAAGUUCUACUUGUACACAGGAAGAGGGCCAUCCUCUGAAAGUAUGCAUAUUGGACAUUUAAUACCAUUUAUAUUCACAAAAUGGUUACAAGAUGUCUUCAAAGUACCAUUGAUUAUUCAACUCACAGAUGAUGAGAAAGUAAUGUGGAAGGAUAUAAAAAUAGAAGAUGCUCGACAGAUGGCUUUUAACAACGCUAAAGAUAUAAUUGCAGUUGGAUUUGACACAUCAAAUACAUUUAUUUUUAAUGAUUUAGAUUUUAUUGGGCAAUGUCCAGCAUUUUAUCAAAACAUGCUACGGGUACAAAAAUGUGUAACAUUCAAUCAAGUCAAAGGCAUCUUUGGUUUUGGAGACUCAGAUGUCAUUGGCAAAAUCACAUUCCCUUCUAUAGAAGCAGCACCUGCAUUUUCAACUAGCUUACCGUUUAUUUUUGAAAACAAAGUUGUUCCAUGCUUGAUCCCGUGCGCAAUAGAUCAAGACCCCUACUUCCGCAUGACGCGUGACGUAGCAGCACGACUUAAGAUGCCCAAGCCGGCUCUACUUCAUGCCAGCUUCCUUCCAGCCUUACAAGGGGCGCAACAUAAAAUGUCAGCUAGUGAUCCUAAUGCCUCCAUCUUUCUUAAUGAUACUCCUAAGCAGAUAAAGAACAAGAUAAAUAAAUACGCAUUUUCCGGAGGCCAAGCCACAGUGGAAGAACAUAGAGAAAAGGGUGGCAACACAGAUGUUGAUAUCUCCUACAAAUAUUUGACCUUCUUCCUGGAAGACGACGAGAGAUUAGCCGAGAUAAAGAAAUCUUAUGAAUCUGGCGAACUGUUAACGGGAGAAUUGAAGAAAUUAGCAAUAGAUACCAUCACGCCAAUCAUACAGGACUAUCAGGCGAGACGGGCGCUUGUGACCGAUGACGUCAUGAAACAGUUCUUCGCUAUACGCAAAAUCGAUGUUUGA